GUACAGCUGGGGAUGCAGCAGGAGGAAGGGGCGGGGGCUAUAUAUUAAUUAAAUCCUCACUGUCUGAGGAAACAAGGAGUGAUAGUCUCCGGAGAGGAGCGAAAACGAGCGUCCAUUUCUUCUUGCUUGUUUUUUAGCCGAACUGAAAAAGAGAUGGUGCCUGUUGCUGCUGUAACACACAGCUUCCCUUCUCCGGCUCGCUUCCCAGCUCCUUUCAGUCUCGCAUACACAGAAGAUCAGACCCACGCACAUACACACCCGAUCGCCCGCGAAAGUGUACACACUGCACACCAAACAAAGCAGUGUACAUUUUCCUGCAAACACACACGUGGGCGUGCACACAGGCGCGCCCCGGCGGGCGCCCACAUCUUCUAGCUCUCAUCCACAAACACACAGUGACACGUAGGCCAGGAGAGCGCUGGCCGCGGUCCUGUGUCUCCACGCAGGUGCUUACAACACACGCCUUUCACGUUGUCCCUGAGCCGAUCCGAGAACACAGACAAAUCUGUCAACACUUAAGUCUACUCGCUGGAUUUCAUUUCCAUGGCAACAAACAUGGAAGGCCAAGAGUUGAUUCCAGCAGGAAUUCUCGAGAGCCACAGCGAUGUGCCAGUGAAUAAUGAGUAGCAUCUACUGUGACAACUCUUCAGCUAAGAUGAGUGUCAGCGAAGUUUCAGCUUUCUCACUGACCUUGGAGCAAAAAACUGGCUUUGCUUUUGUCGGGAUUUUGUGUAUCUUCUUGGGACUCCUUAUCAUCAGAUGCUUCAAAAUUCUUUUAGACCCUUACAGUAGCAUGCCUUCUUCCACGUGGGAAGAUGAAGUUGAAGAGUUUGACAAAGGGACAUUUGAAUAUGCACUUGCAUGAGUUCCAGCCUUACAGUUUUUACAGUUAUGCCAUUGGGAUCCAUGGUGAAUUCAUUUGUAAUUAUGUUGAGAGUGCUGCAGAGGGCAGAUUUCAUCCACUAAAUUUAAUAAACAUAUGUGACUUAUUUAUC